AUGAUCGACACCUGUUGCCACAAUAAUGUGGUAACGCUAGUGCUUCUAUUGGCGACCGUGUCGGUCACGCUGACGAGAUCUCAAGUGCCAGAGAUCUCUGGCACAGGUUUGGAUGCCACCCAAGCCCCGAUAAAACUGGACAAAAAUCUUCGUCGAGCUUUAUUGAAAGCUCUAACCGACUUGGAGACAGAAUCCGCGGAGCAGCACAAAGAACAACCGGAGAAUAUCGCUCAGAGAGACACAACAGCCUACGAAGCAGUGCUACAUGACAAUCCGAGCAAAGAUGUGAACCUUCAAAAGGCUGCGUUCUCGUUCAAGAGUUUCCCAGGCGACGAGGACACACCUAGCGAGGACAAACUACAAAACUCGAGCUUCGUCGAAGCUGUUCGAUACGUAACCCUGAAGGCGCCAGCGAUGAACAUCGAGAAAGCCUCGCAGGACGACGCCAGAAGCUUUCACGUUCAGAACGUGAUACUACCGGAGAAAAAUCAGGCGAUCUUCGGUGCCAAAACUGAGGCCAAUUUGCAGCAGAAAGAGAAGAUCGCUCAGGCGUCUGUGAACACGUUCGCCGUGGACAAAGUGGAGAGCCUGACGUUGAAGCCAGCAACGCUGAUCUCAGAGAGCCUCGCGAGAAGUAGCAGCAAUGGAAUUACAGCAGUGAAUCCAAUAGUUUCUCAGAAGCCGAUCGAAGGACCUACUCCAACUUCGCCCAGCAAUAACUUGACAGUAACACCUUCUAGCGAUGCAAAAGACAAAACCGAGGAGGUUAAAAUCUUCCAGGCACCUCUGGUUGCUGCGUUCACCGUCCAGCAAGAUGAACAAGGCAUACCCAAAAGCGUGGUACCAAUCUUCAGAUCGCCCAACGAUGGACAAGCCUUGACUCUUCAGGAGCAGUUAGAAUUUAAACAGCAGCUCUUGGAGAAGCAACUAGCAGAGCUUCAGCAACAACAGCUUCAUCAAACGCAAUUCCUAGCCAGGCAGCAGCAACUGUAUGAACAGCAGAUCAGACAGAAGCAAUAUCAACAGUAUUACCUGCAGGAACAAGCUAGAAUCAAACAGUUAGAGGAACAAGCCAAACUUAAGAGGUUGGAGGAGCAAAGGAUCAAGCAAUUAGAGGAGCAACGUUUCAAAUACGAAGAACAGAGGCUGAAUCGUUUCCAACCUCAACGUCCUCCUCCGCAGAAGCAAUUCUUCUUCGAGCAGAGCAACAGCCUCCUGUCGUUCCAACCACCUGUUGAUUCGAAUGUCCAUCUACAGCCUAGCUUGGCACUGGAAGUGCCCAACGUUGCUGGACCACCUCCUUUCCAGCCGAUCUUCCAGCAGGAUCCGCCACGCCUGCAGCCAUUCCGGCAGCAACCACAGCAGCAUCAGCAAUUGCAGCAACCGCAGCAGCAUCAGCAGAAACUGCAACAGAGCUUCAGCUCGUUCUCCAAUGAUUUCCAGCCUUCUAUAUCUCCCACGGGGAGAUUCAAUCGACAGGAAGCCUUCAAUGCUAUUGGAAACUUUGGAUUUAACGAAGACAACAAGGUUACACCUAGUAGAAACAACUUCGGUUUCAACGUACAGCAAAGAACACCUGCGAAUUACUACCAUCCGUUCACGCAGUACAGACAAACGAAGCCUCCGACACCGGCGAAACAGAUCCAACAUCUUCUGUAUCAAUCUGGAAUCGCUGGUGAUUUGAGCAACGUGCAGGGUAUCGGUAACAACGAGGAUCUGAAUAUUGUCUCCAAAGUGUUGGCCCUGAACGUGGGCGCCGUGUCGAACAAGAAUAAUCUGCAAUUCAUGACGAAUCCAGCUGCUUCAUCGUUCGGGAAUACGUCCGCGUGA